AUGGACAUUGGCUGGGCAAUUUUUAUAAUUGGCUUUGCUGCUCUUGUUGCAGCCUUCCUCCUUCUGGUAAUUGGACUUGUGUACUCUGAGUUGAUGAAUUCAGACAUUCCUCGAGGAGUUGCAAAUAGUGGGAGACUGCACAUGGUUCAUGGCUUGUUUGUUGGCAUAGCAAUUGUGGGCCGGAUCCUACAUCGCCUGGGUAUUUGCCAUCAGGUCAGCUUUAUCCGAUGGUUUGUGGCCUGUUUUCUGACUCGCUUAAAUCCAGUUCCUGUGGGCCUGCGAGUGAAGGACCUGAAGUUCUCUGAGGUUCCAGUGCGGGUCUAUGAACCCACCAGUGUGUGCAAGGGCUUGAGAAGAGGUCUUGUGUAUUUUCAUGGAGGAGGAUGGGUGUUGGGCAACAUAGAUUCUGUUGAUGAAGUCUGCCGGCACAUCGCCAAGGAGUCGGACACCACUGUGGUUUCUGUUGGGUACCGAUUAGCCCCUGAGCACAGGUACCCUGCCCAGCUGGACGAUUGUGAGACUGCGACGUGUCACUUCCUGUCUGUGGCUGAGGCACAGUUUAGCGUGGACUCUAGCAGAGUGGCAGUCGGAGGCGACGGCACUGGGGCUAACCUGGCAGCAGCACUGUGCCAAAGGUUGGCGGGGAGAGAGGUCGGGCAUCUGCUGUUCCCCUGCGCUCAGGUCCUCGUCUACCCAGCCCUCCAGAUGGCAGAUUUCAACUUGCCCUCAUACCAGCAAAAUCAUGCUGUGCCCAUAUUGUUUCGUGGCCGUAUGGUGUUCUACUUCCUGCAAUACCUCAAUGGGGACAUGUCUUUGUGCCAGGACGUGUUGGAAGGCAUCCAUGUCCCCACUGAGCUCAAGCCAUGCUACGAGGAUUGGCUCUCCCCUUCCAACCUUCCUCCUGAGUUCCUCACGCGGGGUUUCAGCGAGCACCCAACCCCAGAAUAUGACGGGCAGGUGUAUCACGCGAUCAAAGCUGGUUUGGAACAUGAGGUCUCACCUUUAUUGGCGGAAGAUGAUGUCAUUGAGAAAACACCUCCUACCUUCAUACUCACCUGUGAGUAUGACGUCCUGAGGGAUGAUGGGAUUCUUUACAGGAAACGGCUGCUGGACUUGGAAAAGGAGGUCACCUGGCGACAUGUGAUGGAUGGUUUUCAUGGCAUGAUUAACUUUUUCAAACAGGGCUGGCUCACUUUUCCCUCUGCAGCGCAGGUUGUGGAUAGUGUCGUUGACUAUAUGAAGACACUGUGA